AGUACACGAUAUGGGCUGUAACUCUUAAAUGGACCCACGCCAUUCCACCCAUAUAAAACACAAACGAUGGGCUGGCUUCAUUUGGACGGCAAUGGAGAAAAUGGCGCCUGAACCAAAGAGGAGAAAGAUACGGCAGCCACCCUCUCGCAGGCCUGUUUCUUCGCCUACCGCAGAAAAAUCCAGAGAUGCUACAUCAGUGAGUCAUUUUACAGCUGCAACAGCUCAAACUAGCGAAAUUAAUGUCAGGAUUCAACAGGCAAAAAAUUUUUCAGUUGCACAAGCACAACAAGAAGAAACUGAACCGUCCAAGGAACGACAGGUAGCUAUUAAAGGUGGGCCAUUUUGCCAACUAGCUCAACCCCCAUCAGCCUAGCUAAGCUUUUCGAUGCCAAUCAUCUUACUAUGAUCGGCUGGAGGAGAAAGUCAAACCUAGCCACCAUUUCACACGUGUUGACCGUUGGAUCCUUGGAGGCACCAACAGGCUCCUUCACGCGACGAGGCCACCCAUCUUUUUCUUCAACUCCAACCUUGGAGGGCCUUGAGCGGUGGAAGCCCGUCUGAUUAUUAAAAAUUAAAACUAUGGUCUACAGGAAGGCUGACACACAGAUUACUGACAUGCAUGCAUGCUUAGACGCAAAGUUGGAUUUCGGGGUUUCUA